CUUUGCACCUUAACAGAGGACCUACAUUCUGGGUAUCUGUGAAGUAGCUACACAGAAGAUAAAGGCACAACAUCAAGAAAAUCAAGAGGAGGAAAGGUUAGACAUUGGAAUCAUGGCUCCUGAAGCCAUGGCCGAGCUUCGUGAUUGGCUCUUUCUUCUCCUGCUGUGCCUCACACUGUUGGCCGAGGUGCUGCACUGUGCUCCAACUGCGUCACAGGAAAUGGAUGCAGAGGGGGAUGUAGUGUGUCCCUCUGUGUGCCGAUGUGACGAAGACUUUAUUUACUGCAAUGACCGUGGUCUGAGUGCCAUCCCACCACUCCCCCCAUCUGCCUCCAUUCUUUAUCUUCAAAACAAUCAUAUAGAUAAUGCAGGACUUCCCACAUCCUUGGAGUACCUCACUACUGUGGAGGUUAUAUAUCUCUAUGAUAAUGAGCUGGAUGACUUUCCCAUGCACCUACCACCAUCAUUAAGGGAACUUCAUCUCCAAGACAACAACAUCCGGGUGCUACCUCGGGCUGCAUUAGCCAGGUUGCCUCUCCUGGAGAAGUUGCAUUUGGAUGACAACUCAGUGUCCACAGUUAGUAUAGAGGACCAGGCUUUUGCGGACAAUCCUCGUCUUCGUCUUCUCUUCCUUUCCAGAAAUCACCUUUCCAGCAUUCCCUCAGGGCUUCCAGCUUCAUUAGAGGAGCUCCGCUUAGAUGAUAAUCGUAUCUCAACAAUUCCUACACAUGCCUUCCGAGGUUUAUCUUCCCUGCGCCGUCUUGUCUUGGAUGGUAACCUUCUGGCGAAUCAGCGCAUUGCAGAUGACACCUUCUCACGCCUCUCAAACCUCACCGAACUGUCUUUGGUACGGAACUCCCUUCAGACUCCACCUCUCAAUUUACCAAGCGCACACCUGCAAAGACUCUCUCUCCAGGACAAUGCACUGAUCCACAUGCCACGGGGCUCUCUUGAUGGAAUGCGUGGUCUUCAGAGGCUGGACCUUUCCGGGAACAACCUGACCACACUUCCCAGAGGUUUGUUCCGGGACAUGGAAAGCCUGGGGCAGUUGCUUGUGCGUGGCAACCCUUGGCACUGUGGAUGCAACCUGCGCUGGCUAUAUGACUGGCUGGAAGCCAAAGGGAACACUAUAACAGUCCGAGGACUAACUUGCCAAUCUCCUGAGCGAGUACGUGACAUGCCACUAAGGGACCUUACUAGCCAAAUGGAUGACUGUGAAUUGGCAGCUGCUGGAGGUGGGGGGAUAGGUGGAGUGGGUUCACCAGGUGGGGGAGGUACUACUGGCAAUAGAAUGGGUGGAGCAGGAGUCAUUUCCACAACUCUUUCCCCUCCACAAGGAUCCCUGUUCACUCUGCGGUCCAAGCGACCGGGUCUGGGGCUUCCGGACAAAGGCUUAGACUACACACUUGGCAGCAGUGGUGUGGGCAAGAACCUGGCCCUGAAUGUAAAGCCACUAUCCCAUGACAGCAUCAGGGUCACAUGGAGUGUGGCUCAAACAUCUUCUUCUUUCAGGCUUAGUUGGCUCCGCCUAGGGACUAGUGCUGCAAUGGGUUCCAUUACUGAGACUCUAGUGAGGGGUGACCGAAGAGAGUAUCUCCUUACUGCCCUCCAACCGGCAUCCAGCUACAUCAUCUGCAUGGUACCCCUAGUCUCUGGCAACGGGAACAAAGGCAGCAUAUCUGGAGGGAACACAGACACGGAUGAGGCUCCAGUGUGUGCAAAGGCUGAGACAUCUGAUCCCAACCUGUCUGAUGUUGACCAAGGAGAGGAUCGUGGCUCGGAGCACAUCACCUCACUUCCACUUGCUGGGAUUAUUGGUGGAGCUACUGCGAUAGUUUCUCUAACACUUAUUCUUGGAAUAUUCUGCUGGUAUGGCCACCGCUCCAGGCGUUUUUCCUCAAGAGAUCACUACAACCGCAGUAGCUCACGGAAAAGCAAGCAUUAUGAUGACUACAUUGAAUCGGGCACUAAAAAAGAUACCACCAUACUGGAGAUCCGAGGACCUGGAUUCCAGAUGACACCAAUGGCUGCCAGAGAGACACUGCAGCCCAAGCCAGUACAGGAAGACUACAUAAUACACACAAUCUUCCCUUCCAAUGGCACAGGUCUAUACAAACCCCCCAGUCACACAACUAAUGCGGGCUAUGGCACAAACCGUGGCUAUAGAGAAGGAGGUAUUCCAGAUAUAGAUUACUCUUACACGUGAUAAGGCUGAUUUAGUGAACACUAUAAAAAAAAUAUGGUACUGGAUAGAUGCACAUUUUUUUAAUCUGCAUGGGGUCUACAGGACCCCAUUGUGCCUUCUGUCUCCAUUCCAACCUAGCCUGCUGUUCACGGCACCAAGGAAGCUCUAAAUUGGCCGAAAUGCCUACUAAGAAACCGUACUAUGUGUUUGGCACCAAGAAAUGCCUAUACCAUUUUAGGCAGUGAUUCCAACUGGCAUUUUCACUCCCCCCAAUGUAACCUGGUGUGUCCUCAGCAUCACUGUUUUAUCCCUGGAUCCCUUAGUGAGGUGGAUGGAUUCAAGGGCCGUACAAACUGUAUUUUACACAGAGAUUCCUCUUAUUUAGAGCUCAAAUUGUACGUGAUAUGGAUAAAUGGCACUUACUGAAAAAAGAACAAAUUUGUAUUUAAACCUUCAUCUCCUGUGACUCUAAUUGUUAGCUGCCCAACUGCUUCAGUGUUGCUCCUGACAUGAUGUGGAGGAGUAUAGUACUGGCUAGAGUGGCUAGAAAGAGAGAGAACACCAUGGUGGGUAACGAUUUCUCAAAAUCCACUGCUGUACAGGGAAUCAAAAGAGGUCUUGGCAGUUCAGCUCUUCGGGGACUAAAAGCUUGCUGGAAUAAACAUGGAGAGAACUGAAAUUUUGCUUCUGGUUUUCAUAAGUGACUUUGGACUUGGACAUCUGGUGUAGGAUUUUAUGGGAGAGUAUAUGGAGUGACAAACAGUGGUCAUGAAUAGUGAUGCACACUAGUUUUAAACACCUAAAAAUGAUCUUGAUAUGGUAGCAAGUUUCUUGCUGUCUGGGUCAUUUUAACCUGGAGCUGUGGGGAAAUGUGAUCUGUAAGGUUCAAUUAGACUGACGGAUGUUUUUUUUUUUUUUUUUAAAGAAAAUUGAAACACUAUUAUUAAUGUUGAACACAGGCAAGGUGUAUAGAUAUUUGAAUCCAAUACAAAGACUUUUGGAAGUGAAAGUGUGAAAACAUAUUGUGUUCCAGACUUGUUAUGUAUUUUUUCUGAAAGUUUAUUUAUCCCAUACUGCUGUCUUUUUUGUUUUAUAUUUGUUCUAUGGUUUAAAUAAUCUGUUUAGCUAGAACUCGGUCAGUCUUGCUGCUGGUGACAUUAAAAACACUGUGGUUUUGCCUAGCCCUGUAACUCGUGUAAUGAUUAAGAAUCAUUUUGUGUUGAAUUAGUUGUCAUUAUAUCACUAUGAACUCUCCACCUGACCGGUUAUACGCCAUACUAUUGUUCAAGUCAGAUCCUCCUCAAAAUCUACCAGUGUGACUCCUUCACUCUACCCCCAAAAAGAAAUUAGUAUUGAUAAUAUUCCUGUUAAUGAAAAAGCUCUAUGAUGGCCCCCAAACACUUAACUAUUCUCCUGAUCUUAGGUCAGUUUUAAUGUAUUUAAUACUGAUGAAGGGAAGCUGAUUCUAUGUCAGCACGAAACAGACACCUCUAACCAAUAACCUUUCUCCAGGAAAUGGAGUCCAUGCAGUGUCUUGUGGGCAUGUGGGCAGGGCAUCAAGCUGACACUUUCCUGUGUGAUUACUCACUUUAAUUCAUUUGGCUCCCCAAACCCACCUGUAGUAGAUAAGGCUGCUAUCUACUUCAAAUAGAUAUAGCUGUAAAUUAGAGCUAGUGUUGAAUGAAAUGAAAGAUAGCAAAGAGAAGGCAUACAAACCGUAACACUGUGGACCUACACUGUGGGAGAAUAGGGCACUUGUUGCAUGAAUCUGAGAGACAGAUGUAUUUAUUGUGUAUUUUUCUUUUCUGUUUUCCUUGUUUGUUUUUUUUUUCAUUGUUUUGUUUUUUUGUUUUUUACACAUUAUUCAUGGGUGUAAGGGAAGUAGGAAAUGCACUAGUGGGAGAUAUACAAUUUUGCAUAUUCAAACAGGUUGUGUUCAGACAUGCAUAGAACUGUUUUUUUGUUUUUUUUUGUCUCCUAUGUGUUUGCAUUAAUAUACAUCACCCUUUCCUUUCCUUCCCUUCCUGUCUCUUGGAAUUUAUCUCAAAAUCACCUUGUCCUGUCCUCUUUCUUUUCCUUUCUGCUCUAUCCCUUUUCUUUUAUUUUCCUUUAUUUUCCUUUCCUUUUUGUUCUUGCUUUCCUUUCCUUCCCUUCUCUUGGAAUUUAUCUCAAUAUCGCCUUGUCCUGUCCUCUUUCCUUUCCUUUUCUUUCCUUUCUGCUCUAUCCCUUUUCUUUUAUUUUCCUUUCCUUUCUACUCUUACUUUUCUUUUCUUUCCUAAUCUGUCCCUUUUCCUUUCCUUUCUGCUCUAUCCCUUUUCUUUUAUUUUCCUUUCCUUUCUGAUCUAUCCAUUAUCUUUUAUUUUCCUUUCCUUUCUGUUCUAUCCAUUUUCUUUUAUUUUCCUUUCCUUUCUGCUCUAUCCCUUUUCUUUUAUUUUCCUUUCCUUUCUGUUCUAUCGCUUUUCUUUUAAUUUCCUUUCCUUUCUGCUUUUACUUUUCUUUUCUUUCCUAAUCUGUCCCUUUUUCUUUCCUUUCUGCUCUAUCCCUUUUCUUUUCCUUUCUUUUCCUUUUUGUUUCCUCUGAUUUCCUCCUCUACUCCCCUGAAGGAAAGGAUUUUAACGUUUAAUGUUUAAAAGAUGGAAGCAAAUUAAAUUCACCUGUCAAGUAUAUCUGGCUUGUCUGUGAUUGUAUUUGACAUUACAAUAUAGUAGAAUAGUGGGUCUUUUUUGUGGAAUGUGGAAAUUGAGCACGGCCUUUAGAAAUUACAGGCAUGAUCUCACUAUUUUCAAAUUGCUGUUCCUGUUCUUUGUCAGAUCAUACUAUGUGUGGUUAUUACUAAUACCAUUUAUGCCUUUUAUUGAAAAAAAAAACAAAAAAACAACACACUUUUGUUUAACAAAAGACUGCUCCAGAUUUUUAAUGAUUAAAAUGAUCAAAUUCUACUUAGCAGUUAAGUGGAGUAUAAAAUAAAGAUGUUCAAAGGCUUUCAGAGCAAUCUCACAGGUGGCAGUAGUACAACAAGCUUCAGUCCUGACUCAAAUCCUUAUCGCAGAGAACCUGCCUUGUACUUGAAAAAGACGGCGUUGGUAUUUCACCUUUCCUUCCUCACACACUUGCUUACAUUUGAAAUUCCCUUUGAUGCAUUACCAUUCCUUCCCUUUGACAUUGCAGGAUGUGGCACAAGGGUGUGGGCAUGUUUCCAUAUGUUUGUUUUGUGAAUAUGUGAGGACACAUACUGUAUGUUGUGUUUAUGUGGGGUCGAUGUGUUUGAAGCAUAUGGGGUCAGUCGUGGUAUUUCUUUUGUCUUUUUUUAAAACCAUCUGCAGAUUCUGCACCUCCUGCUGACACGGACCAGCAGUUGUUCCACCUGCAGCCCGUUUGCACAGAUGUCUCCCUACACACACACACACACACAGUGCCAAACUCAGCUAUAGCCACGCACAUUCAUACUGCUACUGUAUCACUCCUGAGACGAAGCCCUCACUUGCAUACUCUCUAAAAAUAACACUAUUUUCCUUGUUUACGCUCACGAUAUAAUGCCACUGUUACACUGCAUUGCAGAGGGGUUUAGUUGAGGUCUCUAUUUUCCUCCUGUCUCUUCAUGCCCUUUUAUUUUCCUUUGUUUUUUUGUUUUUUUUUUCACCUCUUCAUAUCUGUCUGUCCUUAUUUAUCUCUAUCACUCUAUCUCUGUUUCCAGAACAUUCCCUCAGGUGCUGCCAUCAGCCCAUUCUGAUCAUCAUCUCUUUAGAGCUAUAAUCAUCACACUCUCUCAGCCUUGUGGACGAAGAGUUAUAGCGCUUUCAAUCUGUCUAAGUGAUGUAGUCUGCCUGUAAUGACAUCAUACCGAUAGAGGCUACAGUACUUAUGCAGAGCUUGACGAGCCGUCAUAAGGACGUCAUAUCACAUGCUUCAAGGUCUGCUUUAAUUCACACUGGUACAGAACCAUUUUACGGCCACUAGAGUUAAUCUGGCUGCCAGACUAUAUUACGCAGCAUCAGUAGUGAUACCAAAGUGUGUUUGCAUGGUGAAGGUGCCAUUCUAUCAAAGCUGCAGAGCAGCUGUUUAGUCUAAAUAGCUACUCUGUAAUACAAUGCCAUUUUGUGCAAAGAAUACAGUCCAUUAUAGGGACAUAAGAAGCGAUGAUGCAAUGACGUCUGCCAGUAGAACAAAACCAUAAUCAUUAAAGGCAAUGAAAUGAAACCCAUCAUUUGGGAAACAAGACUAGGCAAGAUUGCUGUUUGCCGGACCAUAGUCUGCCGUUGGACAUUUAAGAAAUCGUUCACUGUAGCAACCAUAGCAAACAGUGGAACUUGAGAAGCAUCAGAGCUACACGUGCUACUUUUUCCUUGACCCAUAUUCUGACAAAUCUCUUUUACUGGAUAUCUAUCUCCAUUUUCCAACUGUGGCUUCUUCUUUUUUUUCUAAGUUUAUGGAUGGAUUGCUAGUCCACGGCCUAGGUGUAUACCAACACCUGGUGAACAUGUCAACAAUACGGGUCAGUCAGUGAUUGCCUCGGCAGUAAGUACAGCAAAAAGAAUUAUUUUCUCUCGGAGAAAUAGAUUUUUUCAUGCUAUAAAUCAUGGCUGUCCAAGUGACACAACAUAAAUGAGGAGCCGUCUUAGAUUAAACACAAUACAUACGUUGACUUUCUCCAAUAUGUCAAUCCAAACUGACCUACAAUUCAUAAAUUCAUAGCUGGGCAUGAGAGUGGUGGCUUAGUGCUUAAGGCUCUAGGCUACUCAUUGUGAGGUUAUGACUUCAAAUCCCAGCACUGCCAAUUCUACCCUCAGUGCUUAACCCUCAACUGCUCAGCUCAAUUGUAAGUGAUGUUGGAUAAAAGUAGCAGUACAGUGGCUUCCAUUGUCGUCGUGGGAUUUGAAAUCAAAACCUUCUAGUACUAUUUUAGAAUCUUAAACAGUAACCGAAAUACAUGUAACCGGAUACAAGUACGUUAUUCGGAAUGAACAGAUAAUGUGUUUACAUACACAUACAAAUAGGAUUUUUUUUUUUUAUUCCUGCAGGACUCAAUAAAGAAGUCACACAAGUGGGAGGUUCUUACAUUCAUGUGGGUACAACAAGCAGUCAGAUACGAAGCUUGCAGGACAAACAAAGACAUCUUCAUUAAUGUGAAUGUGCACAGCUGUGCUAUAUAUUUCAUUCAUCCUUAGUCACUGCCUGGUCCGGGUCAUGGUAGUUUAAUUUACAGUUAGUUAGCUAAUUUGUUUAUAUUUUGGGAUAUAGAUCUAGAUUAAUUAAAAAAUAUCAUGGACAGUUACAAAGAAAGUCAAUAAAACUAGUGUCUUGUUGGAAUUAAUUAUGAACUAGAAUGAUGUAGCUGAGCUUGAGAGGUUGACGGUGGUGGUGUUUUUCAGUGUUUUCCUGUUUGUUUGGGUUUUGGUUUUUUCAGGGGCAUAGUGCUAAAACAUAUUUAAUUUAAAUAAAUAAAUAAACAAAACACCCUUACAGUUUAGCUCAUGUCCACAUAGGGUAAUACAGAUAAUGGCAUUAUGCUACACUCCUACUCAAUUCUCACUGCCCCUUCGUUAGAUAAAUGAAUAAAUCCUAGGUUUUCAUAAGGCCAAUCUGUCGAGGCUUGAUGAACUGGUCCUCUGCCGUCACUAUGUAUCCUGUAUGUGGCAUGUCCUGUGGGAGGCUUUAAGAACUACUGUCUCAUCACUGUCUUUGCAGAAUGGCUAGACACAGCAAACUGUAUGCUGCUACCAGUUAUAAAAGAGAAAACAAAAAUUCCUGGAAGAUAUGAUGUACCAGUUAUUCUAUGGGAUAUGUUUUUUGGUUGUUGUUUUUUUUUUUUUUUGUCUACCUUGCCAGAAAGA